CCCCUCAACGCCUUGUUGAAAAAAUGAAACUCUGCUCAUGAGCUAUUUCCUUCACCUGUAAAUGGCCGCUUUGUGUGUUUGGGAUGUGAGACGUAUUAUUAGCAUAGAGGUUUUGGUUUUUUCACUGUUUAUUAGCUUGUCGCUCCUGCGUCAUAAGCAGCUGUUUUGUUUUUGUUUUUGUAUUUUUUUGUUGGGUUUUUUUUGGGUUCUCCACGACUACUUUCACUUUCGUCGCUGCGUUAAGUGUUUCUUGGUUGGGUGCGCCGUAUGCAGUGCUCUCCUGUGUUGUGUUUUUGUUCUCUCCUGGUUUGUUUUGUUUGGAGUUGUGACGUGAUAGCACGAAGAAGCUCGCGCGUCGAAGCCACUCGGAGACCUGGGAGAAACAAAAGGAAAGGGAUGUUCCCCAGCAUGUUUACACCAUUCUUGUAAAAAACGAGGGAUGGACGUACAAGACAAGGUGGGGGAUGAGUUUGUGUGCCCCGAGGCACUGCGGGGGCCUCUGAACUCCCAGCAGGAAUCCGUGGAGAGGAUAUUCCGAGUGUCGUUCACCAUCAACACGAGAAACAUGCCGCCCGGGACCAGCGGGCAGAUAUGGCUGCGACUGCAAGGGUCAGACCGUGACGUGAAAGCAGCCAAGAUUUUUGUGAAGGGACUUGUGAGCCAGGAGGAGCAACAGGAGAUCUCCUAUCCCGUCGCACUCAACUGCAUCUUCUGCAGUGCCAAUGGGUUCUUCAUGGACUGCAUGAUCAAGAGCACUUCAGCACAGAUUGUGGUGAGCACUCCGGGCUUGCUGCUCAUAUCUGGUCUCACUGAGCCGGUGGUGCGAGCCUAUUCCCUCAUCGCUGACCUGUUGGAGAGGUAUAAGGGGGGGCAGGCCGGCUCCUCGGACGCUGAAGAACGAGGUUCGGGUGAGUUGUGUCAUUCACCCCAGGCGUUCAAAGCUCUGGUGGAGAAAUGGGAGGACCACCACAUCCUGGAUCUCCUCGUACUGCCGCGAUCUGUGAAGGAAGCCCUGCUGGACCUGGUGAAAGACUCGGGACUUGCGCCUAACAUGAAACGAGUAGGAUUACAUGAGCGGAGCCUGCCUGGGAUGACUUUGGGUGUGCCCGGUGCCGCUGAGGAAGGGCAAACGGAGGCUCGGCGUAAGGCGAGAGAAAAGGAGCGGACAGAACAGGAUGAAGUUGAGGUGGAGACGUUGUCACCGGCAAACAAGGAGUUCUGGCUUUUGUUGAAAUUCUUCACGGCCAUGGGGUACACAGAGGACGUGGUUAAACGGGUUCUUGGACGAACUGGACCCAAAGAGGCCUCUCAGAUACUGGACCUGGUUCAGCAAGAGCAGGACUACAGUGGCGGGGAACACCAGAGCAAGAGGAACCCACUUUAUAAAAUGGAUGACAAGACAGUGGGAGGAGGAGGAGAUGUGCCGUGCGAGGUCGGUGCCGUGGGCAGCGCACAAUCCAAGGAAGAGGAUGACUUUGUGUUGGGAGUUCUGAAGCGAGCUGUGGUGAGUUGCGGCUACACCGAGCACAAGGUGGCCAAGGCUUGCAGCAUGUUGCCGCAUGGAGCCAGCCACCUGCUGCUCCUGGAGCUGCAGAAGGAGACUGGCAGUGAAAUGAAAGUCUUAGAGGAGGAGAGUCCGAAAGCUGGAAUGACAAAGGAUGUUGAGAGAAUAGGCUCAGACACAGCAAGCCAAGCAGAACCCGGUUCCAAUCGGCAUUUGAAUGAAGUCCUGGUGCUCCCACGUCCCGAUCCUGCCAAAGGGCCACCCGGGCCAAUGUAUGCCUCAUCUUUCACUCACGUCCCGUGCCUGAAACCUCAAAGCCUGAGCUGCUCGAAGGGAGAGCUCCAAGCUCAGCAUUCUCCCACCGGAUCCAGAGAAUGCUCCAAUGAGGCCAGCGUCCCUUCGAUGGCGGUGACGGGCAAGCAGCGCUUCCUCGAGGGUCUGCAGACACCCUUUAAACUCCAGCUAACAGAUCGACCGGGGAACCCUAAGCUGAGGACCGUCAUCAUUGAUGGGAGCAACGUGGCCAUGAGUCACGGGCUGGGGCAGUUUUUCUCAUGCCGAGGCAUUGCUUUGGCUGUACAGCAUUUUUGGGAGCGAGGUCAUCGGCACAUCAGUGCUCUGGUGCCCCAGUGGCGGCAGAAGAGUGACCCCCGCAUCCGAGAGCAGCACUAUCUCGGUGAGCUGGAGAACCUGGGCCUGCUCUCCUUCACACCCUCCAGGGAGGUAAUGGGUACGAGGAUCAGCUCGUAUGACGACAGACUCAUGCUGCAACUUGCACAAAAGACUAACGGCGUGAUUGUGACCAAAGACAACAUGAAGGACCUUUUGAAUGAGUCGUUCGCGUGGAGGGACAUCAUCAAAAAGAGAUUGCUUCAGUACACGUUCGUUGGUGAUCAUUUCAUGGUUCCAGAUGACCCACUGGGAAGAGGGGGCCCUCAUUUAGACGACUUCCUCCAUUCCGAUUGCAGGACAUCCAACCCGGCUGGUGUACCCACACAUUCCGCUUCCUUCAAUCCACAGUGGUCACAAAUUCCAGCCCACAACUUCCCUGACCAAAUACCGGGUGGCGCGCUAAAUAGAACAAGUGAAGUGAGCUGGGAAGUGGAACUCGAGCACCCCAAACCCAGAGACAAGCAGGGUUCUGAGACGGCUCUAGCCAGCAGAACGGUGGAGGCCACGGCAAGCCUGAGAGAGCGUCUUUGUCAGGUCUUUCCUGGUCAGGACAACAUGGUGAUGCUGGUUCUGCAGAGCAACCCGACAGAAAAUGACCUCAACGUGCUCUCGGCCCUUCUUUUGGAGCAAUAGAACUUGAACAUAAAUUCACACAACUGCGAUGCCUUUUUCAUCUGCUUUUCACCGCAGUGUCCGCUCGAGGCGGCACUGAUGGCAUCUGUACAUACAGUGUUUCAUCUUAUUAAGUUGACUCUUACAUGUUUCAAAGUUUGUAUUGCACCACAUUGUGCGAAAUGUUGCCCACUCAGCAUCCAUUGUAUCCUCGUCAUCCUGGAUGAGGGCAUUCUUUCAUCUUCAGCCUCUUCUCAAGGUCUGUCAUUUUUUUCCCCCAGAUGGGUUUUUGGGGAGAUUUUGCUUUCCUACCUGGGAGUUAAGAUCAGGGGAUGUUGUUAAAAUGUGUCAACUCUGAGCAUGUGAAGUCCUGCGAGAUUUUUUUUGUGAUUACAGUUUAUAUAGAUAUAUUUGACAUGACUGGUUUCCUGAUCAGCAUCUGUCACGUGGCGUGGUGGUGGUGGACCCCAAAAAGCAGCCAAGCGGGAGGAGCAGGUUGUACUUGACGAGUUGUAUUGAUUAAAACACAGAGAAAACUAAAUCAUAAACAAACAAAGUCCUGAAAACAAAAGGAAUCCAAAGUAGCAAACCAAAACCAUGGCUGAAGCAAAAAAAAAAAAACGAUCAACAGAAACAUGACCAAAAAUAUGACAGCUACAAUGACCGACAACGAGUGGUCUGGCUGGGAGUCCUUUUAAAGCAAUAAUUACAGAACGACCGACAGGUGUGCAGCUGCAGGUAGAGCCCUACAGUGCCACCUGUUGGUCCCAAACAGAAUCAUGACAUCAUCAUUUCCACCAGGUGUGAAUGUUGCACUUUACUGACAUGGAUGAAGCGCCCUUUUUGUUCUGACACUGUUGACCGGUUUGGUGGCUUUUAUACUUUCAAAAUAGUCAAUGUAUUUUACAAGCAUCCUUGGAUUUACCUGUAAGGCUGGCUGUCAGACCAUAGUGUGUUGGUUUACGGUGCAAUGUGUCUUUCAGUGCUGUGUUUGAUGAGCUUGUAAAAAAUGGCUUGUUUGACAGUGUGAGCACAGAAGGCCAUGCUGCUCGAGCAGUGGUUCUUAACUUGGGUUCAACCGACCCCUUGGGGUUCGGGUGAAUCAGUUUCAGGGGUUCGACGGAGCCUCUGCCAUGGAGGGUAAGACACACCCGAUUCAACAUGUUGAUUAAUUAUGACACGCCUGCUUGGCCAUCACCGGCUGGUUUGUGCACAAUUAAAAACGUAUAUAAGAUAAGAUAAGAUAAGAUAUGCUUUAUUCGUCCCACAAUGGGGAAAUUUGCAGCCUCCAGCAGCAAGAAUGCAUGUAGGAAGAAGAAAGGAGAAAGAGAAAAACAAACAAACAAACAUCUUUCAAUUAAAUACAAUAUGAAUUGAUAAAAAUUAUUAUUAAUAUUAUGAUUGUUAUUUUUAUAUUAUUUAUAUUUUAUACUUAUUGUGUUUACUUUUUUGUUUUUAAUAAAUGCAUUUUUAAUGUCUUGAAUUUGUAAAAAAAAAGAUUUUUUAUUUUUCAUUAAUGAAGGGCUCGGUGAAUGUGCAUAUGAACUGGUUGGGUUCGGGACCUCUAACAAGGUUAAGAACCACUGCACUAGAGGGAGACAACAAAUGACACAGUUGGUUUUUUUUUAUGAGUGUCCUAAAGUCCAUCCAUCCAUUCAUCCAUUUUCUGAUCCGCUUCAUCCUCACAAGGCUGGAGCCUAUCCCAGCCAUCUUCGGACAGUAGGCGGGGGACACCCUGAACCGGUUGCCAGCCAAUCGCACUGUCCUAAAGUCUUUUCCCCGAACUAAACAAGCUGAAGUACCA